UUCAAGCGUGCAUACCCUGAAUUGGGACACAGCCGUUGAUUGGUUUACAGGCGGGUGUAAGUAUGCGGAACUUGUGAGGAUCCAGUUUUCACCGGUUUUCAGUGGACCCAUCGACGUUAAGGACGACGCACGGAGGAUAGGCUCAGGGAAGUUUUUUUCACGUUUUAGUAAUAAUAAUUUUUUUUAAACUCAUUUAUCGCGGGGAAUCUAUCACAUAUAAAAUAUAAAACGUUUUAUUGUCGAAGAAGAAAGACUCACAACAACGCCAUGAGUGCUGGGACAUAUUUGGGUCUCUGCUUGAGUUUACUGGCCGUCUGCGUCUCGUUGGGCUCUGCAGCUUCAGACCAGCAGAUCUUCAGACAAGCUGGGAUGAGUGUCAAUCUGACAUUUCCGGUUCCCACUGGCACCAAAUCUGUAUGGCUAAAAAGACUUCCCAAUGAGAAAUAUAUCUCCUACUGCCAAGACUUAACACCAACACGUCCCAGUGACCAGGAGGAGUCAUUUAAGGGUCGGGUGGAGGGGAUGGACUGUAGCAAUAUCAGUGGCACCGUCUCAGUAACUUUGAAGAACCUGACCAGAAACGACAGUGGGACAUACGAGCUUCAAGUGGUGGACCAUGGUAGACAGCUCUUUAAUAAAACUGUCUUCCUGAAUGUUACUGACCCAGGUCAGACAGGAGGACACACAGAGGAUGGAGGGAAGGAGGAUGGAGCCAGUAGAGAACAUACUUGGCUGGCAGUCAGUCUGUUAUGUUUUUGUGUGGGUGUGUGUGGUUGUGUACGUGCGCCAGCUGCUAUAAAGUGGCUUACAAAUUGCUGUAAAAAGAAUUCACGCUUUUCUCCUCCUUCUAAUAAUGAAUCUGACAGAGAAACAAAGCAAAUAACAUUAAUAAUCUGCAAAUAAUUCAGUGGUCUAAAAAUUCUAAGUGAGACCACAAACACAUUCUUGUCCAAAGCUCAAAUUCUACAAAAACCUUUCCACUGCAGUAAAGUGGAUGGGAUUUUGAGUUUACCGCAUUUAAAAACUGCAUCCUCACAGCAUAAAGGUCCCUGACAGAUGGGUACUACAGCUUCUUCCCAGUCUGAUGACUGGUGACCCGUCUAGAGUCACCAGUCAUCUUUUACCUUAUGUCAUAAGCUGACAUAGGCCAAUAAGUCCCCCCACCCAUCACCCCCAACCCAAAUUUAGUCUUGAUGCAAUUUGAAAGAACUCAGUGCAUCUGAAUGAAGGGAAACAAUCCUAGCGAAGACAAGUCUCUAGCAGACUGGUGACCACUACAUCUGAACCCACCAAUGUUCUGGGACAUUGGCAGAUGAGGAAGGCAAGCCGAACCCCGCCUGGGAGGUCAGUGAAUGGGGAAGUACAAGCACGUGUCGCCAUCUAGGAGGUCGUCCGUUGGAGAAGACAAGCACGUGUCGCCAUCUAGGAGGUCGUCCGUUGGAGAAGACAAGCAUGUGUCGCCAUCUAGGAGGUCGUCCGUUGGAGAAGACAAGCACGUCCGUUGGAGAAGACAAGCACGUGUCGCCAUCUAGGAGGUCGUCCGUUGGAGAAGACAAGCACGUGUCGCCAUCUAGGAGGGAAGACAAGCACGUGUCGCCAUCUAGGAGGUCGUCCGUUGGAGAAGACAAGCACGUGUCGCCAUCUAAGAGGUCGUCCGUUGGAGAAGACAAGCACGUGUCGCCAUCUAGGAGGUCGUCCGUUGGAGAAGACAAGCACGUGUCGCCAUCUAGGAGGUCGUCCGUUGGAGAAGACAAGCACGUGUCGCCAUCUAGGAGGUCGUCCGUUGGAGAAGACAAGCACGUGUCGCCAUCUAGGAGGUCGUCCGUUGGAGAAGACAAGCACGUGUCGCCAUCUAGGAGGUCGUCCGUUGGAGAAGACAAGCACGUGUCGCCAUCUAGGAGGUCGUCCGUUGGAGAAGACAAGCACGUGUCGCCAUCUAGGAGGUCGGCCGUUGGGAAAUGCAACACGCCACCGUCUGAGAAAUCUAUGCCACACGACAA